CCAUGCAACUCAAUGAUAUGUAGGCAACAUAGACAACAUAGAAAGGGAGAGACAGCAAUAAUGAGGCCAAUAAGGUAUUUCAUGGUACAGAAGAGAUUGAAUGUGAGACAGGUGAGAUUGAAUUUGAAUAGAUUGAGCUUAAAAUCGAGCUCAAACAGUUUAAGCUCAAAAUUGAUUUCCAAUCAAGAUAGGACUAAUUUUUAGAAAAGAAACGAAUUGGAACGCUUGAGAUCCAGGUCCAAGAUAAUUAUUUUAUUAUUGUGGAAUUUGACUCGACGAAAUUCUGAAUCUUGUCGUAUUGACGUGAGCGUGUCCGCUCAGGCAGUCAGGCCAACCAUCACGUUUCACUCAACUCUGUCUUCUGAAGAUUUUUGCAACUGAAACCUUGAGUUUUGUUACUUGAAACUGAGCUUAGAAUCAAUGGCGGACAAUUCAUUAAUCUUCCACUAUUUCUCUCACCAGCGUUUCUUAUUCAAAACCUUCUUCUUCAUACCCACAACCUUAGCUCUCAUUACAACCCUCGUUAUUCUCGUUUACAUCUCCAUUACUUCUCAUUUCUUCUUCGCCCACCACCACCACCACCACCACCACCGUCACCAACAACAAUUCGCUCGUUUUGUUUAUCCAAAACACCCACCUUCCCCACCCCACAAUGUUUCUAAUGACACCCACUUGUUUCUUGACUUGCCCCGUGGUGGGGGUGGCAGUGCCUCUGUGAGUCAACGCUCUGCCAGAGAUCAUUGGGGAUCAUCUGGGAAAUAUAUGAAUAACAAUGAGGUGUUCCAUGACAGAGAUAUAUUUUUGGAAGACUAUAAACAAAUGAACAGGAGCUUUAGGAUAUAUGUUUAUCCUCACAAGCAGAAUGAACCUUUUGCAAAUGUACUUUUGCCAGUGAAUUUUGAACCCAGUGGCAAUUAUGCUAGUGAAAGCUACUUUAAGAGGGUCCUUAUGCAGAGCCACUUUAUCACAAAGAAUCCGAAUGAAGCAGAUCUUUUCUUUUUGCCUUUUUCAAUAGCAAGGUUGCGGCAUGACCCUAGAAUUGGUGUAGAGGGAAUUCAACAUUUUAUCCAACAUUACAUCCUUAAUAUUAGUCAGAAGUACCCUUAUUGGAAUCGGACUGGGGGGGCUGAUCAUUUUUAUGUUGCUUGUCAUUCCGUUGGACGAUCUGCUAUGGAUAAAGCUUGGACAGUUAAACUCAAUGCCAUACAAGUUGUGUGCUCGUCAAGCUAUUAUUUAUCAAGUUAUAUACCUCACAAGGAUGCAUCUUUGCCACAAAUUUGGCCAAGACAUAUUGACCCCCCAAACCUUGCUUCAUCUAAAAGGAAGAAGCUUGCAUUUUUUGCUGGAUCAAUCAACUCCCCAGUUCGUGAAAAACUUAUUCAAUAUUGGAGAAAUGACUCUGAGAUAUUUGCUCACUUUGGCCGGGUCAAAACAUCUUAUGCUGAUGAGCUGCUUGGGAGUAAGUUUUGCCUUCAUGUCAAAGGCUUUGAAGUAAACACAGCUCGUAUAGCGGAUUCAUUAUAUUAUGGGUGUGUACCGGUGAUCAUUGCAAACCACUAUGAUCUACCAUUUGCUGACAUACUAAAUUGGAAGAGCUUCUCAGUUGUUGUUGCUACUCUAGAUAUCCCAUUGCUGAAGAAAAUUCUUAAGGAAAUAAGCUCUGACAGAUAUUUAUUGUUACAAAGUAAUGUGAUGAAGGUGCGCAAACAUUUUCAGUGGCAUCUUUUCCCUAUUGAUUAUGAUGCUUUUUAUAUGGUCCUGUAUGAGUUAUGGCUUAGACGAAGUUCUCUGGGCCUGAGGGUUCAGUUGAGUUCUUCAUUCGAUUCCUAUUGAUGAUUGUAUAUUAUUCUCAAAGGUUGUUUUGUAGGUCCCAUUGGUGUGACUUUGUAUAAAUUUUGAUUGAUUCUUUUACUCCUGAAGUGGAUUUCAAGUAAAAAAAAAAACACUUUUAAGUUUCUGAAUUGAUUAUACAUAAUGGAAUUACUUCUUAUUUUUUUAUAAAUCAUAGCUACUUUGGCGCCUCAA